UCCGCGAGGCGCUACGUUGCCUAUCUCCGCGCCGCCCGUUCAUACAAAGAACGCCUCAAAAUUGUAAAAAAGUGUGUGAUGUAUUGAUUAAUUUCAACGUAUUUCAAACACAGAAAGCAUCCUUGUACAAAAUCAAACGCGUUCGGUAUCAUAUUCAUUCAGUUUUAGUGAUAAUAGUGAGCUUUUGUAGGGGCCACGUCCCAUAAAAUUCCACAUUUAUCGUUAAAUAAAAUCUAGUGUGGGGCGAAAUGGUGGAUUGCUGUGGCGUUAGUGAAAAGGUUUUUACCAUGCUAUAAGACGUUUUACAGACGUAUUGAUGAACAAAUUGUGUGACUAAAUAUGGAUUGGUAUUGUGUAUGAUUGUGGAUAGAAGAUUUUGUGUUGUGUUGUGUAUAGUAUGCGAUCAGUGAAACCAUAAAACAUAAUGGUGUCCUUCGGUUACUUUGGCCUACGUCAGGCGCCCUGGACCCUUUUAGUAUUAAUAUUCUUCUUUGAAAGCGCGAUGGGUAAUCUCGCAAAGUCAUUUUACAUCCAUUGGAAUACCACAAAUAGCAUAUUCAGAAUAGACAACACAGACCAUGUCUUUGAUUUGAAUAAAGGGAACACUCAGUUUGAGUAUGAUCAAGUAAAUAUACUGUGUCCUGUGUAUGCUCCAGGGACUUUUGAGGAGGAUACAGAAAAGUAUAUAAUAUACAAUGUUAGCAAAGAAGAGUAUGAUACGUGUAGGAUAACAAAUCCGAACCCUCGUAUAAUAGCUAUAUGCGACAAACCGCACAAAUUGAUGUACUUUACGAUAACCUUUAGACCAUUUACACCGCAGCCUGGUGGGCUGGAGUUCCUGCCAGGGAAGGAUUAUUAUUUUAUAUCAACGUCCAGUAAAGACGAUCUGCAUAGACGCAUCGGGGGACGGUGCCUCAGUCAUAACAUGAGGCUGGUGUUCCGGGUUUGCUGCAAGCCUGAGGAGCAGUCUCCAGUGCCAGCUCCUCAGCCGACGCUGCCACCACCUCCGUCCCCUCCAACUAUUCCACCGACUACACCCAGCACCACAACAGCGAAAGCUGUUACGAAAAAGACGCACAAGUACGACAAGUCGCCAAACGAGGUUGUGAAGAGCGAGGAACUGUCUUACUCACGCGGGGCAGCCCUGGCUUCUUCCAUAGCCCUGGCGCUCGCCGUGAGCGCCGUGUUGGCUCCGCUGGCUCGGUGAAUGUGCGCCAAAGCGACGCGGCCCCCGCGUCCCGAGGCAAAGCCCUAUUCAGCCCAAGACACACAGACACUGCAAUAUCUACGACCAGACUCUCUAGUCUAUACGUGAAUUGGUGUGUGUUGUGACAAAUAUGUGUGUGCACUCGUGGAUUGAGGAUUUCAGUGCGUAAGUGGCUAGUAUGGGGUUAGACUGUGCGUUUCCUAGUUUCCAGAAAGUUCCAAUGACAAAAUCUUAGUUUUUAAGGGACUGCGCCUAAUAUUAAUAUUACUAUAAUCAGGCCUAUGAAUAAUCGAAGACCUUUAGCAGAUGCUGCCGAUAGUUGCGUAUUAUAAACAUAUUAUAUAUUAAUAUUAAAAGUUAACAAUAUGUAUGUAACAUAGGUUUCUUAAAACAUUAGGAAUUAAAUUUUUUAUAUUUUCACUAAUGCAAUGAAGGAUAUUUGAUUAAGAAAUAGAAUUCAAUUAAAUUUAGGGGAAAAUAUUAUUUAAAAGUUAGUCUCUAGUUUAGUUCGAAAACAAAUUUAUUCAUAUGAUUAACGCUUAAAAAUUUUAUUUAUACGAAAUUUCGGGCAAACCACUUGUCCUGACGCACUGUGAUUUUGGUUUUAUUUAGGGUGUAAUUUUUGUCUAUGCUUUUUAUGUGAUAUUGAAUUAAUGUAUUUAAAAGUGCAUUUUCACCUCAGUAAUUAUCAUGACUGAUUUUAUUGCUUUUUUUAUUGAUUUACGCAAGCUUAUUUUCGAUAUUAUUGUUUUUCUGGUGACUUUAUGUCAUACAAUACUCACUUUGAAGGAAACUUCAAUACGGCAAUAUUACCUUUGCCAGCAAUAGCCCAAUUACCGUCUUCAUUGAUUGGUUUCUGCCUUGAUUUGACAAUUUGUAUCAGUGGACAAUAGACAACAUUAUGUUUAAAUACGCCAAAACUACAAAACUUAGCUAUUUUGCAUUCGUUUAGGUUUAUGUGCCUGUUUUUAAAAAGUCACACUAGAAUUGCUUGCAGAAAAUAUUUGGAAGUUGUUCGUAAAUUUUGUAUCAUUCAACUACCUACUUUCUAACUAAAAACCUAUUUGUAAAUAAACAAAAUCGUCCAAAUCGUACAAUAGAAAUUAGAAAUCUUACUUAUUUAUCUCGUAUUAUCAUAUCAAUAACGUGCAACUUUGCAAAAUUUCACUAAUAAAGGCCCAAUAUAAAGUUGUCCAGAUAUGAAAGUAGGUAAAUUAAGUUGUGGGUUACCUACUUAAAUACUUUACUGGGAAGAAUUCUUAUUAAUAUCAUUCUUUUCAAGCAAAGAAAAAUUAUAUUGCAAGUUGGUCUCUGAAUUUCGUUUCAUGUAAUUUUUAUAUUAUACAGUGACAAAGUUAAUUUGUGGCAAAAUAUCAAAACGAUUUCAAAAUGGCAGAUGAAACUGAUACAAAUUAACAUCAUAUUAUAAACAACGAAGCACUUUGUGCCAUCAUUUACAAUAAAAUAGUCAAAUAGUUAAAGUAGUUGAAAUAGACCGGUUUUCUGUUAGACAUACGCAUUUUAGUGGCAGUAUAUUUUAAAAUAGCUUAAGAUCAUUUGAGUUUCAUAUUAUAUUGAUGUUAUUAGGUAUCAAAGACGCAUUCCGAAUCAUAAAGGUCCAAAUCCAACGAUAAAUUAAAUGCCUUAAUGUGUGUUCAUAAUCUAAAACGUAUUAAGUAUAUAAAAUUGAAAUUUAUAGUAAAACCAAAGUAAAUAUUGGUAUAAACUAAAUUAGAAAUAUAAACAUUGAUGCUAAAUUUAACACUGAAAAUUAACAAAAUACCAACGUAUGCAAUAACAUAACAAAUGAAGAAAUAAAGGAAAAUGAAUGAAACGAAACAUCUGAUGAAUAAAUAUAUGAAUCAUUUUUCGCAUUCAUUUCAGUGAUCAAUCAUUAUGAAAUAGCAAACGAUUCGAAACCUAUUUCUAAUUAACAAAUUGUUACAUGACUUAAUUGAGACACGUGGCGUGAAAACACAGAAACAUCUCAGGCUAAUGCAUUGUUUUCUAAACAGAUUUAAAAAUAAACGACAUUUUAUCUCUGACACCUAUUAAAUUAGGGAGGGCGAUUCUAAAACUUUAGGCAUUUUGUGAACAUAAUGAAAUGGACGAGUUAAUUAAUCUAUUAGGCUGUUAAUCGUAUUUGCCAUAUUUGAGAGAUUUUAGCCCUUAUUAUGCAGAAGCACAUUUACUAAUAUGAACCACGUUAGCACAAUAAUAAUAUGUUCCUACCUGCAAAGUACAAAAAAAUACUAGACGCAAAAUGAAACGGUAGAAUUUCCUAGCUAAAUUUCGUCAUUAUUUUAUUAGUAUAUAUAGUAUAUUAGUCCAUUGCCAGACAUAGGCCUAAUCUAAUUCAUGCCACUGAGCCUGAUCUUUGGCUCGUCCCGCUAAAAUGAAUAGAUUUUGGGUUAUUGCUAUACAAUCCCAAUAAAGAUAAACGAUAAAUUAUUGGCAUUUAAUUCAUACAAAAUACCGUUUCUUGUGUAGAAAUUUAGUGAGGUUUAUAUCCUUUACCUGCUCAACGGUAAAUGGAAGAUAAAUAGUCUACAGUUUGAGGAUUGUUCUCGUGUUCUCGCCAUAUGCUGAGUGCGUCUAUUUUUAUGAACAGUUUAUUAUACUUAAGCGUUUCUCCGUAAGGUUAAACGUCUAGUUAUUUUCAGUUCUGAAGGGAUUGUAAAGGAUUCUGACUUAUUUAUUAUAAUCACUGAUAAUGUGGCUUUGAAAUUAGAUGUAUUUGUGAGAGCACAUACACCCACUGAUUGAAAGCUACUUGAAAGGUUUUUAAACAUAAUAAUUUAUGUGAGUAUGAUUAAAACAGAAUAGGCAAAUGUCGAAUUAGCAAUAGCAAUAAUCAUUCGAAUAAAUUGAAACCUAUCGCUGAAUAAUAAAUUCAUUUAAAGUACUUAAGUAAAUGUUGCUAAGUGAUUCAUGAAUCAAACGUUUUUGUUUGUGGUUUUGAUAAAUGUAAGUAAUAUAAUCGCAACAGCAACAAAAAACUUAUGGGUACUUGAAGCAACAAAAUGUCUUUCUAAAGUUUUAUUUUUAAAUACAAAACAAAAAGCGGCUAAUCUUCUAUAAAAUAAAUUUGUAAUAACUGGUGAGUAAAUAUCCAAUAAAAUGUAACUUUUUCAUCGAAAUAUAUUUUGAGAAAUAUAAUUCAACAAAAGAUUCUAAUAAAGAAAACAGUGUAAAAGUGACCGCCACAAUAUUUAACGGCAUAAAACAAAAUGCCAGCAUUGAAUGCUCGAUUAGAAAGAACGAUAAAAAGUUUUAAGUUAUUAUUCAAAGCGGGCAUUAUUUCACACAGAUGCGUGUAGUUGUGUUUGGAUGACAUCAAAGAAUUUAACUUUAGAUUAAUUAAUGACAUCAUAUUUGUUUAACUAGAAUGAGAGCGCGAGUUUAUUUUAACACAUGCUUUUCUCAGAAGCGUAAAGAUUUCAUGGUGUAUGGUUUAUUGAAGCCAGAUUGUAAGCUUUGAUUUUCUAAUUGAAAUGAUGAUUGCUGCUGUCAUCUCCAUUUCCUAUUAUGCUAUUACUAAAUUAGCAUCUUCCGAAAAAUAUUUAUUCAGACAUACCAGAUCUAAUUGAUCUAAAGCCAAACCUUUAAUUCUAGGCUGCUUAAGAAUGAUUUAAAUCAUAAAUGAAUCACGACUUUGCAUAAAGUGAUUAAAGAAGUUCAUUCGUAAAUGAAAACAAAUUCUGAUAUUCAAAUUAUUAUUGAGACAAACGGGUGUAAAUGAUUUUGAAAAACUUGAUUGAAAAGAUAAAACUCGGAGUGCUGCAAAUAUAUUUAAUUUCAAAGCUAAAAUUGAUGCAAUAUGAAACUCAAAUGAAACACAUUUCUCACUUAGAAUUCUCUCUGAUUAGUUUUCGGUUAGAUGUGCUGUGUACUUAGUAUAAUUAUCUUAAUUAUUGACCUCAUUUGACGAAUCUCUAUGUCCGAUAGGUUAAUUUAUUUUUGCAUGGUCUUUUAGGUCUCUUUAUGACGACGCAUUCUUAGCAUGAACCUAUCAAUGUUGAGGUUUCAUGCUGAUCAGGUGUUGUAAGAGAGAUUCUGAUGCCAUGGGUUAAAUAAUUUUAUAUAAGUUGGGCGUUUUCCAAAACACAAUGUAUCAUGGUUGACACAUGCGUCUGGGUAUUUACUGUCGUGAUUUGGUUUCACUGACUCAUAUUUUUGGCAAUUUGCUAAAUUUCGUUCGCGUCCAUAAUUAGCUGAUCAGUUAAUCUAAUAGACAUUAGGAAAUAUUAUUAUGCUUUGCUGUGGAUGUAGUUAUGCAUUUUAAUGAUGCAUUUUUAAAUAAUGCUAAAAUUAUUGACAUUAUUAAUUAGUUAUCAAGACGAUUCGUUGACUUCACAAUCACAAUGUUAACAGAAACCGAGAAAGUAAUUGACCAAGUUGUUAAUAUUUUAGCACCACGGUAUUGCCUCGGGGAUGAUAUUUGCUGAAGGUAGGUUGAUUUUUGUAAAAUUCACUAGCAAAUUAAUUUGAAAUAAUUUAAUUGAAAUCCAAAAAAAAAAUCCAUAGCAUGAAAAAAGAACUCUUUGGCUUUUCAAGGUAAGAGAAGCUCCAGAAAAGGUAUUCACUUUUUUUUAAGAUUUAAAUAUUUUUUUCUUUAAGGGCACAGGGAAUUCUACGCACUGCUGUAGGUAGAUUAUCAUCAAAUUACCUACAUCUUUUUCUUGAAUAGUAGUUCCUUUUUUUAAUUAAUGCUGUAGAAGCACAUAAGCUAUAAUUGAUAUGACCAAUUUAUCUUCGUAAUGUAGUUGUUUUUCAAUAAUAAAAAUAUAUUUAAUUCGUAUCUUUGUAAAGGCAUUAUCAUAGAACAGUAAGGCCAAUAUAAUCUACUAAAAGCAUAUGCCACAUACCCAAAAAGACGUUUCUUUUAGAUGAUUUAUAUCUCAUAUAAUGAUUCUGUUUCACAUGCUUGGUCAGGAAAACUGAAAAAAAAUAAUAAAUUUACAUUAAGUUCAAAUCUGUUACGUUUUCCAAAUUGUUAAUGAUAAAUUAAAAUACACAGAUUCUGAAGUUUAACACAUAUUGAGCUAAGACAGGAAGGAAGAAUAACCAUUCAAAAUGUAAAACUAUCAGAUCUAAACUGAAGCAUAAUUUAUAAAUCUGACGAUAAUAAUACAACAUCGGUGCUUUGUAUAUCUAAUCUAACAAUUAUUUUUGCUUUCUCCAUUCCUGUAUGUACCUAAAUAUUGAAUCUAAAUCCUUUACCAUAAUGAAUUACCAAUAACAUUCUCUUAUUAUGACGACUAUUAUUUAACUAUGUUGGUUUCAUCCAACUUUAAGUACUGUGAAGAUGAAUGAGGCGGAAACAUGCAUUUCACUGUAUAGGUAUCAGGCGCGAGUAUAUUAAUAUCGAAUAAAUUCCUAAUUGCAAAUGUCACACGGACUUCUACCAUCAAAAAUCCAAUUUCAUGAUCUAGUUUUAGUUUACCUAUAUCUUCAAACUGCGUCAGUGGCGCAAAUACCAUGUACAUCGUGAAGCGAGGAUAUUGGAAGGUUGUAUCUGUAAAAGUUACCAACUGUAACUAGGCUUAUAAGUGCUUCAAUUUAAGAUGCAAAAAUAAAUAGAGACACAAAAUAGACGUCCAUUUAUGGAAAAUAGUUCGUUACAUAUCUUUCUCGUAACCUUUUCACCAAGACCUAGAUCUUUUCGUGCGUUGUAAAGACCCUGGACCUAAUCAAGAGCCAACAACAAUAAUUUAUAAUGCCAUCAACACAAUACCAAACGUGACCCAACGCAGUUACGUAACUCUGUCGGACUUAAUUGAAUCUGACCUUGUCGCAGCAAUUGAAAUUGAUGCAAAUUAAAUAAGACUCAACAAUGACAAAGUAGCCAAUUAACUUCUGGAGGUAGAAAUAGCGUUUAUUAAAUGCAGAAAUAAGAAAAUAUUAAUUAAAUCUGAAUAAUAGUGUCAUUUUGGAGAACGUUUACACCCAAAGUGAGGAUUUUAAGAAUAUUCUGUCACAUACAACGACUCUUCGAAACCUUAACGCGAUUCUUCCAGGUCGGUAAGCUGGCUUGGUUGAUUGUCACUCUCUCUGUCUGAUGAUGAAUGAUAUAGCUUAUUAGUCUCUCCAUCUCCGAUAUAUGCUAAAUGCAUAGAUAUAAUCUAGUUGUCUAAUGAACAAGAAAUUACAAAAAAAUUUCGUUUUAGGCACAGGAUUGCGAUAUUUAAAUAAAUUUGAGGUAAGUCUGGCCUAUACAACAAAAGGGAAAUCCAAUUUUCUUGGCACUCUUUUUGUCUAUUAGCAACAACUUUCAAUACUCCCAUCCCAAGGUAUUUUAAACCAAACUCAUGAAAGUGUUAGUACAUCCAAUUCUCAAAAAAGUCGGCUGACAACAGGCCUAUUGCCAUAACACCAUCAUCGUGCACAGCCAGCUAUUGGGGAACGUCAGUUAACCAAUGACCAACAAUACGGCAUUCGCCAUAGAUGAUCGGCUAGAAAAUACUUUAAUGAAAUUUCUGAUUUUGUAGUUUCAGCUGUUCGUAUUAGCCUGACCAAUCUUCAUCUACUGGCCUAGCCUUUUGGAUACUAGGCUCUUGGUUACGUUACAAGUUUACUGAAUUUUUAAGACUUGAUUCAUAAAACGCCCAAAAUAUAAUGGAAUGGUCCAAGCAAAUUACUCAUUUCUCUUUAAUCACUAGCUAGCCAAAUUAAAUGUUUUUUCCCAGCAAAGUUAAAUACAAAUAUCUUAAAUCAUAUAUUGAAAAUUCAAAUCAUGCUUCAUCAAUGGUUUCUUUCAUUUUAAUCUCUCGUCGCUAAACAAUAAGCGCUAUACUAACUCUCUUGUUAUGUAGUUAUGACUGUCAGUAACCGCCUUUUAUUUCAAACGCUAAAAUGAAUCUAAUAGUAUUUAGGUUAUCGCGGUGAUAAUAAUCCGAAAAAUUUCCACUCCAAUGGACUUCGUCAAAUAUUUUAGGAUGGACAUUGGACAGACUGAUUUAUCAAUGAGUCUUAUCCUUCCAAUUGAAUAAACAAACCCUAUUCGAAGUAAAUAUAUUGAGCACUUUAUUACAAACUUUAUUGAGCACAAUAUUUACUGAGAAAAAUUAAAUCAUCUAAAUAACUAACUAAGAACAUACUCCCGAGCACAAAAAGGAGAAAAGAAGGUACUUUGUACGAACAAAGCUAGAAGCAUAAAAUGUUUUAAUUACAGAAUUUAAAGAUUAAUAAUAACUUUAAAAGCUCUACAUUACCGAUAAGUUAAGGUCAUAUCAAAUUAAGAGUUUGUGUAAAAUAAGACUCUAGAAAAAUAUAUUGCCAUCUCUUUCCCCAUUCACGUAUUAAAAGUGAACAAAUAUCUCCUGUCUCGCUCAGAUGUAAUUCAAUAUGAGUCUGCGGUCUACCUGUACAUUGUGUCUUUGGAAUACCUGAUAAAUUAAUUGAUAACUUUAAGACUAUAUUAAUUUCUUUACAUACGCAAUAUUUAAACGUUUAAGAGACAAGGUGGAUGAGUUUUAAUCAAAAGGUGCCUGGCAUUAAUGUCUUUUGUUCAAACCUUUAUCGUAAUAUGAAUUUAUCUGUCAAUAGAUGGCGUUAUAAUGUUUAGUAUGGAAUUAGAAGGAAAAGCUUGCUACAAUAUAAAAGAAGGUAUUUCAUGAAGGUGAUAUGAAAUGCAUUCUUAUUCACGGACAACAAAAUAAUAUAUGUCUCUUAAAUUAAUUAAAUAAUAUUAUGAAUAGAACGUCAGAAAAUACUGUUGGGCGCCAUCUUGUUUUGUGCGUAAAGGUUUAGACAAGAUUCGAUAAGCCAAUUGUUUGCUCAGUGGAGGUUGUCAUUUUCUAUCAUAUUUUAGGUGAAUUUUAUUUUUUAUUUCUUUUGAAAUCAUUAAUUUCGUCCACUUUAUUAGGAGCAUUGAAUAUUGUGGGGUUCCACCAUUGGUGAUUGUGUGAUAUAAAAUUUAAAAAUGUAUUAUAACUGCGAUUGGGUAUAACAUAAAUCAAACAGAAAAAGGAAAACGUUAAAAAUUUGUAAUUAUAUAGUAUAGAAUGAGUACAAAAACUGUUAAUAGGCAAAAAGUGAUUUAGUGUUGUUAACGCCCUGCCUAUAGAUUUAACUGUCGGUAUAUUUUUUCAAUCCCAUUCAGUUUUGGAAUUAAGCGAAUAAUACUAUAUAAAGAAAGAUGUUUUAAACAAGAAUAUGGCAUAAAUAUUAUUUUAAAGUUAUGAUAAGUUAAAAUCGUAACAAAAAGUAUUAACGCGCCAUUUUGGCGUUUGUGCAAGCAUAGCCUCUACCUGCGUUUGAAAAUGGAACGGCACAAUAGACAAUGCUCUUUUUUUAAAUUCACAUUGGUGCUACUAAAGACUAAAGUUUACUAGACAGAGAGAACCAGUUUGAUUGGCAGCUACUAUGAACCUUAUCGCAAUAAAAUAUCCUUGUAUCCUUGAAGAGUUUGCGACGCCUACCAAUACAUUUACUGCGAAAAGGUUCUACUAAUAAAUCAAAAUGGUCGACUGUCAUUUUUUCGUACUUAAUUUCGUGUGGCGUCACCUUUGUACUUAAUUUAAUAUAGUAUUAUAAAAACUACCUCUUAAACUGUUUAAAAGUAUUUUUCUAUUUAAUACUAGACAGCUCGCCACCUUGUUUCAUAUUAUAUUCGAUGGCUUUCCGAAUAUCCUAAAUUAAGGCCUUUGCCUAUUCCUAAAUCAAUUGUUGGUUAAAAAUAAUAGUAUGUAGGUUCGCGGAUUUAUAAGUGUAUAUUUUGCGGUGAAAUAAAUUGCUAUUUAUGUGGCCAUAGUUAUUUUAUAGGAGCAGAGAUAUUUAAUAGAGGCGGAAAAAUGUAGGUAUUAUUUUAGUAGUUUAGACGGCAAUCUAAUUUGUUGCUACUCGAGUCUGUGAGAGGAAGACUAUGCAUAGAUUAUAGAGUAACGGUUGACAGCCACAAUGUUUACUUACUCGGGGUUCAUGAUUCGAAUUUUAAACGAUAUUCUUUCUGUUUUAGUUUUAAUUUUCUAAUGCUGACAAUUUAUUUCUGAUGUCAAUUCUAUUCUUAUAUAUUUUCAUGGUUGAGUUAAAUUUCACGAUCAGUAAAGAUAUUAUAAUUUGAAAAAAAGGAAAUCAAAAUAGAGGUCAAAACUACAUAAAGAAAUUUUUACCCGUAUGUGUAUACCUAACGGGGAUUUCUUGUAAUCAAGUGUGUUGAAAAAUGAUUUUCUUUUAUUAAAAUAUAGUUUAAGCUGAGAUAAAAUUAUAAUAAUUGAAGUGUACAUCUAUAUUAUAUGAAUAUUUUGUCGCCUAAGUAACUCAAGUAACAGUUUUUAUUCCAUUUUUUUGUUCAAGUACAGUGUUACAUAGAAUGGCGUAAUAACUCCAAAAGACUUGACAUUUCGUAUUGUUAUUAAAAUCGCUUUGUUAUUUUACAUUUUAUUCAUGAAAUGUACAUAAAAGAUUCUGUCAGCUUAUAAUUAUCGGUCUAAAGCUUAAUAUUGUAGGUUUCAAUAACUGAAUAUUUGUUGAAACGUGUGUUCACUGUCAGAUGUAAGAGUUAGUGAUCAAUUUAAGUAAAAAUGUAAUUUUUAUGACAAACCUGUAAAUGUGUAGAUCUGAACCUAUGAAAUACAUUAAUACAGCCAUUUUAGAAGUUUAAUAUUUCUAUGUUUCAAAUGCUGUUAUGAAUAUUUAUUUUUAUUUAAUAAGUUAUUGUGUUAAAUCUUUCUCAUCUUUUUGUGUGUCUGUCUUAGAUAUUCAAUACGUCUAGAUAGAGCCUUUUGCUGCAAGACAACUGAUGAAAAUAUGCCAGGUUUAUAAGUUUAGUGUGCGUGACAUGCUACGUCUUACUGUUAGUUUGCGUGCAUUGCUCGAAAUAGAGGUUAACUGUCAACCCCUAUUUUUUUCGUAAUUUUCACAGCUAUCUAGACGUAUGAAUGAUCUAAGGUGUCUUUAAUGUGGUUUUACAUUUAUACAAAAUAUUGAAACAGAGAUACAAUAUUAAUUUGAUGUAUCAGAUUUAUUAUCGAAAAUGUAUUAAUAUCUUGUAUCAAAACAUUGUUGUAAAUCUUGAAAUGUGUCUUGUUAUUCAAGAACAGUUUAAAAACAAGUUUAAUUAAUAUCGACAGUCUGUUAUGAAAUAUGUAUAUUUUAAAUUACAAUGAAGUAUUAUAACAAUGAAAUUUCUUUAUGUUUUUAGUGUUUUAAACGAAAUAGCAUUUAGAAAUGACUUAUCAGUGAAAUUGUCAACGUUAUUGGAAAAUUUAGAUUCAUUUUCCUGUAAGCAAACACUCCCUUGCCACAUUUCCUGUUGAAAUAUUGGCUUCAAACAAACUAGCCUAUAUUUUUUGUUUGUAUAUAGAUAAAAGUAUCGAUAGAUCUUAUAAGUCAUUUCAAGUUUAUGUGUUUGUCACCACAUAUAAGUUUUACACGUGAAAAUAACUUGAGUCUUGGAAAAGUAAACCAAGCAUUUAUCUGUUAAUAGUAUUCAUGCUCUGGAAAGAAGGAUAUAGGGACGUCACUUUUAUCAAAGAAGAUGCAUCUAAAAAAGUAAUGGCUAAUUACCGUGAUGCAUUAAUGUAUAUUAACUUAUGUUUAGUAAAAUUUAAUAGGUAAAUCAUAAAUUUAACCACAGAUCACUACAAGGCAGUUAAAUAACACGAACCAUAUAAAAUACAGUAAGAGCAUCUAUAAGAGGAACUUUAAGGGAAAUGAAAUAAAAUUCGAGUUUUCAAUUUGUCGGUAAAUAUUCGACUUAUUAUAUUAUUUUGAGAUAGAUAUAUUGUGUUUAUUUUUGGGGUGUAAAUAUAUUAAAAUGGUUUAUAGUUUUAGAUUUCGAAUGAGGGAGAUCGAAAUGAGUUUUUGAGUUGUGACAGUUUUGUACUGAGUUUUUCAUUUUAUGAUGAUCUACUAUAUUUAGCUUAUAAUAAGCUAUGUUUAAAAUAUGUGCUUGGGUGCAUUGUUAUUUAAGCAAAGUUCGUGCAGAUAUCGUGUUCCCGCUAUUGUAUAUUUUUAGUGUUUUUCUUCGGAUAAUUUAUGAAGUCAGACUAAUUUUUCACAGAUAAUUUCUUUAUAGCCUUAACAAUAUAUCUGUUAUCCAUACAAGUUCUGUAAAGUUAAUACGAAUCUGUAAAUACGAAUUCCGAAUGCACAAAUGCAAUUUCAUACAAAAUGUGCUACUUGGUGCACUAUUCCUAUAUUUAAAAAAAAGUUCUGAUUUCGAUUCUGAAAAUUUUGCAUUCGGCAUCCUAAACGCAAUAUUCUCACACGUUUGGUAUAAACUGCCGCAACUGUUCAUUCGUUUCCAUUUUGAUCUAUACUAGCUUCAAAAAUAUUGCCGUGGUCCUAUGGAAUUCCUAUUUGGUUUUCAAUUCCGAAAAUCAAAUCGCAUAACAUAUGGCUAAUUUUAUAUUGUGGUUCCAUGGUGAGAAUGUUUGGUUUACUAUCUGUCUAUAAAUAGUCUGCAACCUUGCAAUACCUAGUGACGUAACCAUCCUUUUUUCUAGUUCAUGCUAUUAAAACUUAAUUUAUACUAUUAUAGUAAUGCGCGAAACAUCUAUAUGAAUUUAUAUUAUUUUGUAUUCUUCAGUAUAAUUAACUUUACUUAUAUUUUUUCUCCUCUACCAAUAAUUGUAUAAAAGUGACGACUAAAAUUUGACAUUCCUAAAUUUGUGUUGUCUCUCUCUAAUGAACGCAUUAAACGGACUAAAGAAAGAGACGAUUAUAAAUUUGAGUGUUAUUGUAAUUGUAUAUUUUGUAACGUACCGGCCAAUCUCUGCUCUUGAUUAUAAAUUGUUAUAAGGGUCAUCCAUAAUGGCGUCAUCAGAUUAUUGAAAACUAUAUUCAGAAAAACGUAUGAAUUUACUAUGAAACGCAUUUGUUACUUUUCAAAGAUCGAAUUUAUUCGUUGGAAGUCCAUUACCACAUAAUAUGAUCGAUGGAAUUUACGCAACUGAAAUUCUGCUGCAAAUUUUACGCUAUCAAUCUUCCUAGAAAUUACAAAAUUUUCUUGCAAACUACAUGAGGGUUAGCAAUGCUUUUCUUCUCUGCUUCUCACCGUCUCAGCAAAGUGUGGGUAAUCACUAAGCAUUAGGAACUCGUUUCAUUUCACCCACACAAUUUUAAUGGAUAAUGUGUCACACUACCUAGCUAAGACUCCCUCCAUAAGUUCGUUGCAGAAACAAGAGCUAUCAAAGUUAAUUAUUCUCGAUGAGCAGUGCUUGCUUGGUGAUCAGAAACAUUCCUCAGCAAAUCUCACCGCCCACUUUCUUCUACAGUGCGACUAAUCGCUCGUCGCCCUUGUACGCUCGCAACAGCCCAGCCACAAAAGUUCUAGUUUUCAUUUUUUGUGACAAAAGUAAUGAAAUGAAAAGUAAUCUAAAAUACCUUUUACCGUCCUUUUCCCUUUAAUUAAACGAUAAUAAGUAUUGUACUCAAAAUACUGAAGGACUGUUUGAUGUUUUAUUAUAAAAAGCGAUUUGUUUCUUAUAUAUAUUGACUUAAAUUUUUGGGUGUGUGAGCGACUUUCGAAAUUUUUGGAUGUUGUUUUCUAAAGUUCACUCUUUUACAUUAAUUGAAUUGGAGGUUUUUCUUGCCACAAUAAAAUCUAGCUUAAAAAGCUGCCAUUAUAAAAAUGUAACGUAUCAUAUAUAUUUUUAUUCUAAAAAGAGAUUUUAAAUCAAAAACUAUCACUCUUUCCAGUGCCUCAGACCUGAGAAGAACAGACUCAGUAAACUCAGCAGGCUUCUACGUGUUUUUGUCGAUCAAAGCAAGAGAAACAUUUUGAUGUAUUGCAUAGAUGGCACUAACAAUAGUUAAGACCGCCCUUAGUCAAUAAAAAUAAUUAAUAAAUUAGGAUGUGAGUUUCGUAGUGUGAUAUCACUUAAAUAAUUGCAUGAGGAUUCGAAUUUCGAAUAGGGAUGAUUAUUAUGCCGUUAAAGAUUGAUCAUUCAUCAUUAUUGUUUAUUCAGAAGAGACACCAGCAACACAACAAUCAUCAUUCAAUUAUACUAUUAAGCACUUUAAGGACAGCUCAAUAAGAACAUAGCCUUAUGCCUUUGCUGGUGUAAACAGCAUUUAAAAGUAUGAUUAACUUACAAUGAUGAACAAAUUAUACCGUGUAAAGAAAAAAAAUAUAGAGAACCAAAAAAUGAUGAUGGAAAUGACUUAAAUUACAUUUGAAAGAGAGAAGAAGAAGAGAAAUAUAACGAUGUAAUCACAUUAACGUUUUCAAUCACGAAUUCUUUUAAAUUUCGUAAAACAUUUGUUUUAUAAUUUUCUGGGAUCAUGUUGUAGAAACAUAUACAUCGCCCAACAAAACAAUUACUAAAUCGACUUAACCAAGUACUAGAAAAUUCGCUAAUAAUUAAACGACAUAUUAUUUAAAGUUCUGAUACGAUGAUUCAGAGAUUUCUAACCACUUUCUAUUCAUCGCAUAACUUAUACUCCACACAUCAAUUUUAUAAAUUGUAAAUAUUUGCUUGUUUAUGCUUAAUCAUCUAUUACAUUUUGCAAAAAGCAUACGUUUUACCACACCGUACAACGUUUAAUAAGUGCAAUGUGACAGCACGAUUACAGCGUAAUUUGCCAGAAUUUUGGUUGCGUAUUCUACGCUAGUUUCCUACACGAAGAAGAAUGAUAUUGGUUCGUUGAAAUCUAAGGUUGUUAUUUGUACCGAUAAUUUCAGAUGAAUUUAGAUUUGUGUCAUUAUGGUUGACCUGGAAUGGGGUGUAAAAUAGUUUCGCGUAAGGGUGGGUUGUCGAAAAUGUACCUUCUAAGUAUUAUGUAUAAGUAUAAUGUAAAUAUGUUGUUAAGUGUAGAACCCUGUAGCUAUUUAUUUUUACGAUUUCUGGCCUUUGUUGAAAUCCAAAGUUUUAAUUUAUUUUUCGACCAAUAAAUGUUGGAGAGAACUAUAA